AUGCCACCGUCGGUAUGUGGCAUUUGUUUGAAAGCCGGUCAUCAGCCAUAUCAGUGCGCCACAGUCGAUGUCUUCGAUAAAUACGGUCGUCGCCACGCAAUCCGCGUGGUACUUGAUUGUGCUUCGCACCUGAGUUUCAUUAGAAAGGACCUCUGCGACCGUCUGGGUAUAGAAAAAUCACCAAUCGAUUUGGAUUUUCAAGGAAUAUCAGCAGCUAGCUCGCAUGCCAACAUGGGCACGUCGGUCACCGUUGCUUCAAGAUGCUCUAAUUAUCGUACAACGAUUCCAUGUGCAGUUUUGGACCGAAUUUCGGCUGAUCUUCCGCUGCGGCCAGUGGACAUCAGUGACUGGCCAAUUCCCGACUCGGUUUAUUUGGCCGACCCGCAAUUUCAUCAUCCUGGGAAAAUUAGCCUUCUACUAGGAUUACAACCGUUUCUCGACUUUCUUGAGCCAGGACGUAUAAAUUUGGAUACAGAUGGUCGUUUCCCGAUUCUGCAGAACACAAAACUUGGCUGGGUGGUUUCGGGCCGCUACGAGGCCAUCAAUUCUACAUCAACUUCCAGUGCGUGCUUAAUUACUUCUCCGAAUAAGGUACUUUCUCAUCAGCUGCAAAGGUUUUUCGAAAUCGAGGAGUACAUCAACCCGGAACCUCAUUUCAGCGAAGAGGAGAGAAACUGUGAGACACACUUCGAGCAAAAUACCGUUCGUGAUCAGUCGGGCUGUUUUGAAGUUCGUCUUCCAUUUCGUGAAAAUCCUAGCUCCCUUGGUGCAUCCCGUGACAUUGCCGUCAAGCGACUCGGACACAUAGAGCGAAAAUUAAAUAGAUCGCCCUCGUUGAAAACUGAAUAUCACGCGUUUUUGCGAGAAUACCUAAAUGCCGGACAUAUGAGUUUGGCUGAAAUCCCAUCACCCAAAGGGGCAGUAUACCUACCACAUCACUGCGUUCUGAAGGAGUCCAGCUCCACGACAAAGUGCCGUGUCGUGUUCGACGCUUCGUCAAAAACGGCCAGCGGGAAAUCUUUGAACGACGUUUUGAUGACCGGACCGGUGCUGCAAGAUUCGUUAAUAAAUAUUCUCCUGCGUUUUCGCAUUCCGGCAAUCGCACUCACUGGGGAUAUCAGGCAGAUGUAUCGUAUGGUGAAAAUUUCUGCAUCGGAUCGAGAUUAUCAGCGGAUACUAUGGCGAUGGAAGGAAGAGGAUCCAAUCGUUGAGUAUACACUUAAUACCGUCAAAGCCAGCGUCAUACUUGGCUACAAAAUGCUUCCAGCAAUUAUUCCCCCGAAGAAGCACAACGAUUGCGACAACGACUUUCCGAAUUGUUUGCUACUGGGGGUUUUCAUCUCCGCAAGUGGGCAUCACUCCUCAGCUUUAGAAGGCGUUCCUGAAGCCGACCUCGAAGUAAGGAUCCCCAUCGAGCUCCACGAAGACGACACUAUAAAGGCCCUCGGAAUCCACUGGCAGCCGUGCAGCGAUGAGUUCCUGUUCUCUUAUCAACCUUACAAGAGCUUUCAGCCCACAAAACGCAUUAUAUUAUCCCAAAUCGUCAGCCUAUUCAACCCUCUCGGCCUGCUGGCCCCCGUCAUCGUCAUGGCGAAAUUAGUGAUGCGAGAACUGUGGGAGCUGCAGGUGGACUGGGAUGAAACUCCCCCGGGUGAGUUAAUCAUCAACGAUUGGCUAACAUUAGCACAGAAUCUGUCGUCUCUCAAUUCAUUUCAGAUCCCUAGACGCGUGAUCGACCCACGAGCACUGGUGAGACUCUUCCUGCGCGGCUACAGUGACGCUUCCGAGAGGGCCAUGGGCGCCUGCAUCUACGUCCGCUCCAUUGAUAAAGCCGGCAACCGCUCUUCUCAACUACUUUGUGCCAAGUCUAAAAUUGCGCCGAUUGGAAACAACAGGUCUACGAUUCCCCGGUUGGAGCUGCAUUCAGCGGUCAUGCUGGCAAAACUUAUCAACAAUGUGUCUGCAGCUUUACAGAUCCAGUUCCACGAGAUACGUGCCUACAGUGAUUCUCAGGUCGUACUGGCUUGGAUAGCCGGUGGUGCCUCGAAAUGGAAAACCUAA